AUGCCUGGGCAUCCAAAGAAGUAUGACAGAAUAAAGGAGGCACAUGAGUCAUCAAAAAACCCUACAAAGGUUACAAGAGAGGGAAGAACGAUGACUUGUAGCAACUGUAAGCAAACUGGUCACAAUAAAAGCACUUGUGAGGGCGCAACUGUGGUUCCAACAGGGCCUAAAAGGAAGAGAGGAAGACCAAAGAAAUCUCCUGAUGAUCCAUGGAGCAUUCAAAAUGCACCUAAGAAGAGGAAAGCUAAAACUCAGUCAACACCAGAUGAGUCUACUGCUGCUGCUACACCGCUUUCUUCUGAUCAACAUCCGUCAACUGCUCCUGCUGCUCCAGAUUCGUCUACUGCUCCGGCUGCUCGAGGUGGUGGACGUGGGAAAGGUCGUGGUCGUGGGAGAGGUCAAGGUCGUGGGAGAGGUGAAGGUCGUGGGACUUGUACACAGCCUUCUACGGCUCCUGCUGCUCCAGAAAACCCUGCUGCGUCUGCUCCGUCUUCUGCUCCCGAAAGUCGUCCUCGUGGCCGUCCUCGUGGUCGUGCUCGUGGUCGUCCUUAUAUUCCCAGAGGGUAUGGGUUGUUUGUUGCCCCAUUUUCUGGUGGAGUCUUUGAUGUUUGGGGAUCUAGAGCUGUUGAUCUAGAUGGCCCUCCUCCACGAGCACCUCCUCCACAAGCAUCUUCUUCACAAGAACCUUCUUCGCAAAGACCACCUUCGCAACGCCAAAACCUUUAA